CUGGCGCGGCACGGUGAAAUGGAAUCGAUCAACGUUCCACGUUUCCAACCAAAUUUUUAAAGUUGCGAUGUGAGCGCACACAGGUAACGUUACUGCCUGUCCAAGAACAUGAACGCGUAAUUCGUUUAAUCUUUUCUACAUCUCCUUAUCUACUUAUCUAAUGAAAGUGUAUUGUUUCGUACAUUAUCUAUAUCUAAUAAAUUCAGAAAUCAUUUCUAAAAGUGAGUUGUAAAUCGCGUUGUAAGGUACAUUUGGAACUGUAAAGAAAGUAAAAGUGAGAACUGGAAACCUGUUUAAUAACAGAAUUUAAUAAAACGCGUUUUAAAAAUGAAUCUCUCUUGUGGAUCGAGGACUAUCAAAUAUUUAAUUUUCAGUUUUAAUUUCUUUUUUGUGAUAACUGGGAUAAUUUUAAUAGCCGUAGGUGCCUCGAUACGCGCCUAUUUUGUGGAAUAUGAUUAUUUCCUCAACAACCACUACUUCUCUUUACCAAAUCUGUUGAUCGCCACCGGUUCCUUAAUAUUCUUUAUAUGCUUCUUGGGAUGCUAUGGAGCCAUGAAAAAUAGCUGGAUAUUGCUUAUGUUGUUUUCAGUUUUUCUGGGAAUAAUUUUCAUCUUUGAAUUCUCCGCUGGAAUUGCCGGUUAUGUGUUAAGGGAUAAAACAACCAAUUACUUAACAACAUCUAUGACGGACUCUUUGAGUCAAUAUUAUAAAGGAGUGGACCCAGCGACAGGAUUGUGGGACAUAAUUCAACCAAAGUUUGAAUGUUGCGGAGUCACAGACAUGUACGAUUGGACCAAAAUCGUAGGGAAUAAUAGUUUACCGAUAUCUUGUUGCCCUAAAAGUCCUGGUCAGUGGGAUACUUUCACUUGUAACGCCAAUACUCCGCAACCAACCACAACUGCUGCUCCUCCGGCUGUCCAACAACUAUCCAAUGGUACCGCGAAUAACAGUGUCGUGAGUAAUGGUACUCCGAAUAAUGUUCCUGGACAAGAGAUGGAAAGUUCAGCAAUAGCAAGUCGUACUCUUCAUCGAAAGCGGAGAGCAGCAAACGACACUGUAGAUGAUCAAAAUAAUCCCAGCUCAACUAGUGACAAGACCCCAAAUACUAGUCCAGAGACCAGCACAGAUACCAUCCCAAUAACGACAACAGAGAAACCCACACAAACAACUACUACUUCUACUACUACCACUACCACCACUACCACCUCUACCACCACUACCUCUACUACCACCGAUUCAACUACACCUCAAUCGACGACAGUAGCCCCUGCAAUUCCAGUACCUUCUACAAUGCCACCCUACAGAGUAGGCUGUGCCAAGGCUUUUGGUAGUUGGGUGAAGGCUCACGCCGUUGAUAUUGGAGCAGUUUGUUUCACCUUAGCAGUCUUGCAACUAAUUGGAAUUGGUUUCGCCUGUCAUUUAUCUCAGCAACUCAAGAAGUCCUACUACAGCACGUAAACUAUUCAAAUCUAGCUAAAUAAUACCUAUUUAAGCAUCCAAGAGCGUAAAAGAUAUAACAAGGGCGUAAAUGACUUUUAUUAAAAAACUCAAAAAUAAAUUUACAUUAAUUUAUUCGAACAUAUAUCCAAUGCGGUCCUGUCUAAAUUAAAUAAUGUGUAGAACUUACUAAAUAAUUUAAAUAUACUAAUUCAGAUAAACAUGCUACUGAAAUCACAUUCGGCUGAAUUACAUUAACCGGUACUCAA